AUGGACGUCAUCAGCAUCCAGCAGUUGGUACGUGGAGACAGAGUUGGAAGGAAAGUGUCAGGAUGUGGACAUGGAGUUCCUGAUCCCGGAGGCGGGCCUGGGGCCUGGAGGCUGGGAGCUGAAGAGGCUGUGGCCCGGGAGCAGUGGAAACUGGGAGAAAAGAAGAAAGCACUUGAGAGAUUUAACAGCUCCAGACGGAAUCUGGAACUGGCUGACUUGAAAAACUUGGUUCAAAGACGGGGAGAGAGGCGACCGAAAUGCAGAGUCCCCCCUAGGGCACGUGAGCCCGUGGUUAAGCCGCAGCCCCAGGCCCAGCCGGAGUCUGUGGACCUGGAGAUGCUCCUGAAGGCAGCUGCCGAGAGCCGGGAGGCCCUGACUGGCAAGUACCUGGUAGAUGGAGGGAACCCCAGUGCCCAUGACAAGCUGCACCACGCCGCCUUGCACUGGGCCUGUCCGAAGGGUCAUGGCCAGCUCGUGACCAAGCUGAUGGAGGCAAGUGCUGUGGACACUCGCGACUUGCUGGACAGGACGCCGGUGUUCUGGGCCUGCUGUGGAGGACACCUGGACAUCCUCAAACAGCUGCUUAGCCAGGGAGUCCAGGUCAACGCCCGGGACAGGAUCUGGAGCACCCCCCUGCACGUAGCCGUGCACACGAGACACUGUGACUGCCUGGAGCAUCGUCGCAUGUGGACCCACACUGAUGCCCAGGACAAGGAAGGGAACACGGCUGUGCAUGAGGCUGCGCGGCACGGCCACAUAGGUGCCACUGCUCUGGGGGGGCCAGGCUACGUAAUAAAAGGACUGAUCCUGGGCCCUUGUUCCCAGGCUUCGGUGACCCCGGGGCAGCUGGCGCGAGACGGGCAGCGGGGCAUCCGGGAAGCACUGCAGGCCGCCCGCAGCCCCGAAGGGCUGACACGGGGAACCCCGGGGAAGCCGGACACAAAGCGGGUCCUCAGCGGCCCAGGUUGGAGCAACACUGAAGAGUCCUAA